UAACAAUGGAGCAUCACAUCAACUAGAGUAAUAUUCAAGCAGGCAGAAUAGUUUUACCUCUCUCAGCUGCUGACGGGUCCACUUUAAAUUUAGCGUGACAUUUCGCACGGAGGCACGGUGUGUGAUAUAUUUGGGGCAUCUUGCUAGCCACCUUGCACACUUUCCCUUACACUCACUCUUGGUUGCCUUUGACUUCCUCAUUAUUUUCAACCAAAACAAUGUAUUGGACCGAGCAGUGCAAAUCCAACGCUCAGGGGCGACAGCACUGAUGGCUCAGGAGACAGACUAUGGGGAUUCUGCAGAAGCCGUGGAGAGAAAAGGGAAACUGACAUCCACCCUUCUUCUUGUGACCCUGGUGGCCACCAUUGGAUCAUCUUUCCAGUAUGGAUAUAAUGUGGCUGCAGUAAAUUCUCCUGCUCCUUUCAUGCAAAGUUUUUAUAAUGAAACAUACCUUGAACGAUAUGGCGUCCCAAUGACUAAUAACCUAGAUACUAUACUCUGGUCCCUCACUGUCUCUUUAUAUCCACUGGGUGGAUUCUUUGGGUCCUUACUGGUGGGGCCUUUGGUCACCAAAAUUGGCAGAAAAGGCACUUUGCUUCUGAACAACAUCUUUUCCAUUGUCCCAGCUAUUUUAAUGGGAACCAGCGUCCUGUCCAAGUCUUUUGAAAUCAUCAUUGUCAGUCGAUUCAUAAUAGGCAUCUGUGCAGGUCUGUCCUCCAAUGUUGUCCCGAUGUACCUCGGUGAGAUGUCCCCUAAAAAUCUUCGUGGAGGUCUUGGUGUAAUGCCCCAACUGCUGAUCACUAUUGGUAUUCUUAUGGCACAAAUAUUUGGAAUCCGCAUCAUUCUUGGAAAUGCAUAUGGUUGGCCCAUACUGCUAGCACUUACUGGAAUUCCGGCCGUCAUGCAGCUGAUAUUCCUGCCCUUCUUCCCUGAAAGUCCAAGAUACACAUUGCUGCAGAAAGGAAAAGAGGAUAAAGCCAAGAAAGCAUUGCAGCGUUUGAGAGGCUGGGAUGAUGUGGAAAAUGAAAUAAAGGAAAUGUAUCAAGAAGACCAAUCUGAGAAGGCAGAAGGACGCCUGUCGGUCAGGAACCUGUGCACUUUCCGUCCACUUCGCUGGCAGCUUAUUUCUAUUGUUGUCAUGAACAUGGGACAACAGUUGUCAGGGAUAAAUGCGGUUUAUUACUAUGCAGACACCAUAUAUAGACAAGCUGGAGUUGCGGAUGAGACAGUUCAGUAUGUAACGGUGGCCACAGGAGCUGUCAACGUUCUGAUGACUUUGGCUGCGACCUUCAUUGUAGACUCUUGGGGGAGAAGACUACUACUGCUGCUAGGAUUUGGGACUUGCUGUACCGCUUGUGUCGUGUUAACUAUUGCACUUGUUUAUCAGGCUACCGUGAGCUGGAUGCCAUACCUUAGCAUUGCUUGUGUCAUCGUCUAUGUUAUAGGUCAUGCCAUAGGACCAAGUCCCAUCCCCUACGUUAUCACCACUGAGAUGUUUCGCCAGGCCUCUCGCCCUGCAGCCUUUAUGGUGGCCGGCAGUACACACUGGUUGUGCAACUUUAUUGUUGGUCUUAUUUUUGAGUACAUGAGGAAAGGAUUAGGUGCCUACUGUUUCAUCAUAUUUGGUGCCAUCUGUCUAGCGACUUUCUUCUUUAUAUUUUUUGUGGUUCCUGAAACUAAGGGUAAAACAUUCUUGGAGAUCAGUCAGAUAAUGGCAAAGAAAAAUGGACUUGACGAGAUAACAGACUCCAAGGAAUUCCAGGAUCUUAACCCACCAAUGGAAGACACCAAACAAGAGAAACUAGAUAAUGCUGUUUUCACCGCAAUGUAAUUUUUUUUGUUAGUUUUUUUUAAUUUUGUGUGCCUCUUAGUUUAAAGUGUUGAUACACACAUUUGAACCAAUUCCACCCAGACUUUUUAUAAAUAGCUUAGAACAUAAUGCAAUUUUAUUUACUUAUGUUUACUUAACCAGUAACAAUUGAUGUAAGAAAUUCUCAGUGUUAAUUUUGUUGGUGUUCCCAUUCUCUACCACUUGUACAUCUCUGGUGUUGUAAUAAAACAU